AGACCCUUGAUAAGUGGUAUCUCCUGAACAAUGGAUUGCUGAUAUAAAUAUUUAGUAUAAUUGUGAUACUUCUGAGUGUUUAAAAUGUGAUUGUAUAUUCUGUAAUUGUUGGGAAUUGUAUCACUAUGGCUCAGAAUUUGUGGCAAGAAAUUAAGGCUGCAACCAUGAGUGGGCGUGACGGCAGCCCCAAAAUUUCUCUGGCACUACUGAAGGGCCGUGCUUCCAACCAGAGUGUGCCGAGUAUCAGCUUCAGGUUUAAUACUACAGCAGAGAAUAUCACACAGGUGUCUGAACCAGAAGAAGCGUACCAAACUAACCUGUGUAUAAGUGGGGCCGUUGUACAGCAGUUGUGGAGUCGCAAAUACCCUAUUUGCAUCCGUCUUCAGAGUGGGUCCAAGGAAAGUUCACCGUCACCCAUGUCAAUAGCAUCAACACCCACAGGGUCUGCCCAUGGUAGCCCAACGCGUUUUUCAGGCGCUCCAAAUCUUGGGCGGCAAGGUAGUUCUGAGAGCGGCGAAGGCAACUGGAGUCUGGACAACAACAGGUCGUCGGAAGAUGACCUGAUGACCUCGUCACUAGAUAUGGCUUCGUUUGAAGAGGUGACACAGGACAUGUGCCAGGAGAAGUCUCUCUAUCUCUUCGCUCGUUCUGACAGAGAGAAGGACGACUGGUACAGGAGGUUGGUAGCAGCAUCAGAAGUGGGCGUAAAGCCACACUCUUCACCCAGCCACAAACCUGCCAGUAAAGAUAUAGAGGAUGUUAUUCUCCUCGAAGGUAUUCCAGAAGAUCCUCUCAGUCAGGGCAGAGAGCAGCAGCAUCAGGAUGGAGCAGCAUCAACUCCUCCAGAAAUGAGCUUCGAGCGGUACAUGGCCCGGCUGCUGUACCAGCCAGGCGGCAUGUCGUCAGAUGGUACGCCUGGACCAGCAAACGUAGCCUGGGUCAAUGCUCUGGCCGGCCGGAUCUUUUACGAUUUUUUACGUAACCCAUAUUGGGCCAAUAAGGUACAAGAGCGUGUUCAACGGAAAUUGAGCAAGCUUCAUGUUCCUUACUUUGUGGGAGAUGUGGUUGUGUGUGGAGUGAACAUGGGGUCAGCAACACCUCAAUUGUGUGCUGUUGGUAGUCCACAACUGGACUCUAGGGGUCUGUGGGUCGACCUCAAUGUUGAAUACUCUGGUAAUUUUACAAUGAGUUUAGAAACUAAGUUGGACCUUAUGAAGCUUAAGCGAACGACUGGCUUGGAGGGACACACUCCAAAUACAUCAUGUCCUCCCAGUCCAGCAGAACCUGUGCCACAUGCUGGACCACGGGUGUACACGCGAUCACCGUCCUCCGACCGCCUCCUCCGUAAUCUCCACUUUGAUACUGAUACAGACGAUAGUGUUGAAUCUUCAAGCGAGGAGGAAGGGGAGGAGGAGGGGCUAGCAGCAGAGGCUGGCCUACCUGUAGGAGGCAGCGGGCCAACUUCCCGACGCUUGUUAAGGCUGGUCGACACAGUGGCAGGAUCUCGCUACUUCCAGCAGGCUGCUGAGUGGAGGUUGCUACAAAGAGCCCUUCAGGGUGUGAGCAACACACGGAUAGAGCUCAGCGUUGAGGUGCGGCGACUUGCGGGAACCUUGGCACUUAAUGUCCCUCCACCUCCUGCAGAUCGACUGUGGUAUGGGUUUCGUGGGGUCCCUGAACUGGUCAUGGUGGCUCGGCCUAGGCUCGGAGAUCGCAUUCUCAACCUACCAUUUUUAGUCGAGUUCAUUCAGAAACAGCUGAGAGUCAUAUUUGAAAAGGUAUUUGUAUUACCCAACAUGGAUGAUAUUGUCAUACCCAUAAUGUCUCCACUCCUCCCUGGGCAGCACCAACAACCACGACCUCCAUGGGAAACUACCCAUGUUACAGCACCAGUAGAUACAGUCCUGCCUAUCCUCAAAACCACUAGCUCAAGUGUCGUAACUCCUACUGUCAAAUUCACUCCUUCUCCACACUAGUAGCAUCAUGCAGCUUAAAUAUCUAAUGUAAUGUGUGUGUAAACAGAAAUAUAUAUCAGAUGUAAUACAGGAGAACCCAGUGCAUACACUAUCUAUUUUUGUUCUAUGUUUUUGUUGGCUUUUAAUUGUUCCAUUGUUCUUCACGUUCAGUGCUUUUACCGCUGAGCCGCUGUUAUCACCAUUUUCAUACAAUAGUUGCGUAAGGGAAGGACAACUGGCGCCGCAUUUAGAGGUGUAUAAACGAGGCCUUCAAGGGUCCCGUUUGUACACUUCUAAAUGUGGUGCCAGUCAUCCUUCCUUUGUGCAAUUGUACAAAAAAUGGCAAAAACAACAGCUCGGUGGUGAAAGCUCCGAACAUGAACAGUGGCUCGAUUGAAAGCUAACAAAAACGUGUAACACCAUAAAGAAGCACUAUAUGCGCUUGGCGCUCCCUGUUUGUCUAAACAGAAAUGUAUCAAAUAUGAUGUCUAAGCAGAUUGUAUCUUGUAAGUCACACCAAAUGAUCAUCAUAACAGUAGCAGGUUAUGCAUGUGUAAAUAUACUCCCUUGCUGAUGCAGUCUUGAGAGCAUUAAUGUUCACAUUUGUAUAGCAGUGAAGGAUAGUCUGAUUCACAACUGUCCCACAGAUUGGAAGUGGAAGUAGAUGGUCCAGUCCAUUAUGGACCAUCACUGGUCCAGUUUGAUAAAGAUACAAAUGCAGUAUAACACAAUCUUUUAUCAGAGUUUUUCCUACAUAGUACCCUUAUGGGUUUAGCAUUUAGUUGUGAUUCUUUUCAACACACAAACGGCCAUAUCCCACUAAGGCAAAGUGACCCAAAAAGAUUUAAUAAUUUAUACACGGGUUACUAGCACCUUGCUGCUAGCAUUUUAGUCACCUCUUAUGACACACACGACUUACGGAGGAAGAAUUCUGUUCCACUUACCCAUGGAGAUAAGUUAUGAUUAUAAUAAUAAUUUGCCCACGUUGUGAGUUUUGCAAAAUCAGCAACUUGAAAAUCCAACGUCAUUAUCAUUAUUACAAUUGUAACUAAGCACUAAGCCCACCAGGGUCAUACACAACUGCAAAAUACAAUAAGUUAUUGAAUUACAAACACAUUGGGGACCUCCUGAAUUAUGUAUAAUAUAAUACAGUAUGUCUCCAACUUACAAACACAUUGGUACCUACUGUAUAAUAAUGAUAUAAUGAUGAUAUACUCAAUACAGAAGAUUCUCAACGUAUGUGUAAGUGUAGGACUUACUUACUGCAUUGUAUCAUUAUCCAUCCUGUCUGUAUUUCUACCAUCCCUCUCCUGAGUGGUCAAGGAUAGUCCAGAAUGGUGUCUAGUUUUGCUUCCAAUUUGUGGGUUAGUUGUGAAUUGUUCCAGCUAUGAUAUGGUGACUUUUUCUUCAAAGAUGAAAUGGAUUUGUCUCUGGGAAAUUGAGAGGCUCCAUAUACUUCUAGUCUCUUUUGUAUUUACAGGUAUGUUGGUUAGUUUUUUUUUUUUUUUUUUUUUUUUUUUUUUUGUGAAGAAUAAGGUGAGCAGAAUCAUUAUAUUGGUGCUACAAUGAGUGGAAUUUUUUUAUAUAGAUUUGUGUUUUAAAACAAACACACUGACACACGCACACACUGACACGCACACACUGACACGCACACACUGACACGCACACACUGACACGCACACACUGACACGCGCGCGCACACACACACACACACACACACACACACACACACACACUGACAUGCACACACGCACAUGGAAGUAAUGUCCAUUAGAAAACCAAGUUCUCUGUUAAGUACUGUAAAUUUGUAAUAUAACAGUUGAACAGAGUGAUAAAAGUGACUGAACGUUCAGUCAGCAUCACACAACUUCCAGACCUCUGGUUCACAUCCUCUCACUCUCUUAAGGGGCACGCCAGUUCCCAUCUUCUAAUAAUGUUAUUUUCCCCUAUGAUCUACCUUGUCUAUAAUUACGUACUAUCGCAUUUGCUUCGUCUGUUUUCGCAAGGCGAAGUCGAGGAUCCUUCCUUAAUUCAUGGUAUAACUUAAUAAAUAUUUGAGCUUUGCUCACACUUCUGCAACAUAACUGUCCUCGGAGAUUUGCUAAGUUAUACCAUAAAUUAACCCUUAAACGGUCCAAACGUAUAUAUACGUUUUUUCAACAUUUGAAAGUACGUAAAAAAUGUACAUCAUCUUUUUUUUUUUUACAUUAGAAAAUGUGUAAAAAACUUUUAUUUACAUUUUUUUUUUUUUGUUAUAUUUGAAAAUACAGUGGACCCUCGAAUUUAGUUCU